AAAUAUACAUUUUAAACAGAACCCCUACUAUAUAAGGGGUGGCUCAACAGUUACCAGACCCAGAUGAAAGGAAGAAUCAUUGAUUUUCAAGCAACACCUGAGCAACUCACCAGUCAGAAAUGGCUCCAGGGUCGUGGUUUUCUCCUCUCUUCAUCGCGGUGAUCGCACUGGGAUUGCAGUGGCCACAGGAAGCUGCAACCUUCCCGGCCAUGCCCCUUUCCAACCUGUUUGCCAACGCCGUGCUGAGGGCUCAGCACCUUCACCUCCUGGCUGCCGAGACGUACAAAGAGUUCGAACGCACCUACAUUCCGGACGACCAGAGACACGCCAACAAAAAUUCCCAGGCAGCAUUUUGUUACUCGGAAACCAUUCCUGCUCCCACAGGGAAGGACGAUGCCCAGCAGAAAUCAGACAUGGAGCUUCUUCGUUUUUCRCUGGUUCUUAUCCAGUCCUGGUUGACUCCGGUGCAAUACCUGAGCAAGGUGUUCACAAACAAUCUGGUUUUUGGCACCUCAGACAGAGUCUAUGAAAAACUGAAGGACCUAGAAGAAGGGAUCCAAGCUCUGAUGAGGGAGCUGGAUGACCGGAGCCCGCGGGGGCCGCCGCUCCUCAGAUCCACCUACGACAAAUUCGACAUCCACCUGCGCAGCGAGGACGCCCUGCUCAAGAACUACGGGCUGCUCUCCUGCUUCAAGAAGGACCUGCACAAGGUGGAGACCUACCUGAAGGUGAUGAAGUGCCGCCGCUUCGGCGAGAGCAACUGCACCAUCUGAGGGGCGAGCGCAAGGGGGGCCCCCGCGCCCCGCCGCGGGCACCCGUUUGGCCUGAGGAGAAUAAAGCCGCUACCCGCUGAGC